AUGUAUAAUAGUCUACUAUUACUCAGGUCUUACAUGGUACUGCCAGAUAUCCUGUGCCUAUAUAAGUGCUUCUUUUGCAUUGCCCACAAUAGUCUUGGCCAUUUUGGCACCAACAAGUCAUAUUCUACAUUACAUAGCUCCUUCUAUUGGAUAAACAUGUGCUAUAAUACUGAAAUGGCUCUAUAA